AUGGCCAGCGCCGACAACCAGUUCGCGAGCGUCUCCCAGUCCACCGCCGCUCCCGCCGCUCCUGCCGCCACCGCCCUCCUCCCCGCCAUCGUCGGCGCCGGCGCUCUGGGCGCCGCGACCUACGUCGCCGUGAAGAAGCUCACCGCGUCUCCCGCCGCCGCUCCCGCCGCACCCGCCCCCUCCUCUCCCGCGGUAACCAGCGUCCCGCCCAGCGGCAUCGUCCCGCGCGCAAAGCACGCGGCGGCGUCCGCUCUGACGACGAUGGCGACGACGUUCCCGUCGGCGAUGCAGGAGGAGGCGUUCCUGAAGGCCGUGGCAGUGGAGCUGGCGAAGCUGGGGUUCCGCAAGGACAACGGCAUCGCGCUGGUGAACACGUGCCGCGACGAGGUGUGCCGGCCCGUGGUGAGCAUCAUCGACCGCGAAUUCGGGCUGAGCUUCAACAUCUCGGGGCUGGGCGGGCUCGUCAACUGCGGCAAGGUCGGCUUCGGAGCUGCCAUGAGCCACUCGCCCGAGUUCCCCUGCGACGUCGACGGCAACCUGAAGGAGCGAUACAUCUUCUUCGCGUUCCCGCACGUGUCCAUCGGCGAGUCGGGCGAGGUGGGGUCUCUGCUGCGUCGCGGUCGCGGCAAGCCGUCGAGCGCGUGCGGAGCGUUGAUCGCCAUCAACAACGACAUCAACAACGGCGUGGCGCCCAGCAUGGACAGCGACGACCCGAAUCACUCAGGCGAUCAGAUUCCCGGCCAGCCCUUCCGCAUCGAGCGCACCUGCGACUACAUCGCGCCCGACAAGAUGUACGCCGUGGUUCGCGGCCAGAAGUACGAGCUCAAGGUGGAGACGCCCAAGUCGCAAGGCGUCGCCGCCAUGGUUUAG